UCCGCUGGUUGCUGGAUCCCCGCUGGAGCACUUCAUUGUGAGGGGAGUUUUUACAUGACAAUGCUCACUCGGCGGAGAGCGCUGGUUGAAUAGUACUGUGUGGUGACUGUGCAGACUGAAUGAAACCACAAAGCGAGAAUGGUGAGGCGAAUUGGGGCAUUCCACGGCCAGUCAUUGCGCUGAAGGCGACCCUCUCUCCCUGGGUGCAUCCAAGCGUUCAGUCAAACACACACACAAUCCAGUGACUAUGCUAGGAUGGUAUGUCAGUGAGAUCUAGUCCCAUUAUUGGCCAUACAGUCAAAUCCGCCGCUCCCAUCUUUUAGCCCUGACGGAAUUUGCUCAGCUAAGUGUCGGGCAAAGUUAGCCUAUUUAAAGAAGAUCGAGAGUAGCUGCUAGAGGCUGAACCGUGCUCAAAUUUAAUCAGCGGUGUGGAGCCAUUAUAUGUAUAGCUAUCUGUGAGUGAACUUGAACUGCGACAGCGCACUGUCCGACAAGUGUGUGGGUGGGUUGAUCAACUUGCUGAUUCCGGUGUAAGAAUUAACGAUUUUGCGAAGUCUCCUCUCCAGCCGCCAUGUGUUGCUCCUGCGGAUCCACCAGGUGCCGCUACCGCUGUCUCCGGUGCAGCGGCUCGCUGCUCGUGGUCAUCGGCGUCUUGUACGCGGCGGCCGGGGUCCUUUUCAACUUCUUCGAUUUCCUCCAGAUCUUCACGGCGGGGCACGCCCUCAUUUGGGGCGGGGCAGCGAUGUUUAUGGCCGGAGUGGCGUCGAUAUUUAUCACAAAGAAAAUGAGCGACGACGAUUGGAGCUCUCGCGGCACCGCCUUCAUGUGUGUCCUGGCCAUAUUUUCGGCUCUGGCCAACGUGGCCCUUCACACUUACAACCUGUAUGAGAAGGAGUAUUUCCAGGAGUACGACAUGGAGGCCUUUGCCGAGCAGAACCUGACCUACGAUCUGACCUAUGACCUGUGGCUUGGGGUCAUCAUCGCAGACGCCGGCAUCGACUUCUUGGCCCUGCUGGCGACUCUGGCGGGGCUGGCGGCAUUCGGCAUCGGCUGCUGCUGCUCGGAAUACUCGGAGAUCGUGGACGAUCGAAAAGGAAGGAUAUAGAGCAAGCCAGUACGAGGAUGAAAUCUUUAGUAGUUGCAGGCUAUAAAUUAACUUGUACCACCUACUAUUUGUGCUGGUGUUGCCCAAACAACUCACGACUUUGAGCUCCUCAUGGGAACAGUUGAAAAUAUGUUUUCCAUUGUCUAGUGGUCUAAAUUUCGGCUUCGUCUCUGGCUUAGGCGACACUCGCUGUUCAAGCCUUAUGAAAAUGGUGCUGCACUGAUCCACUGGGUCUCAUCUGAGCAGGCUGAACUUGAAUGCGUGAAGCCGGAGCCAAAGACUGUACGAAGCCAAGAUUGGGAUCUCGUCCCGCGCAAAGCACCCCUCCCGUAUGGCGUCAAUAAAAAAGCUUAAACUUGUGUGACGUCACUGCAACCAAUACACCACGCCCCCUUGCAGAGUCACGGGUGUAUAGGUUCCCUGUAGACCUAUUGGGACCGUGGGAGUACACCUGCACAUAUUGAUAAUUAAUAAAAGGGAACAGAUUUUCCCUUCCAGCCUCAUUUUGGUUAGGUUGGUUUAAAGGGUAGGCCUACAACAGCUUAAUGAAUGCCCCAUGAUUGCGGUCUGGAGCAACGGAACAGCUGAAAGUUUGGCAUACGUCUACUGUACAAUAGCCAAUGAACUCUCGUUUGCAGUGGAGCGUUUUCGUGAACCUGACAAGGUCACUGACCAACGGGUACACGGAAGCCUCCAGCCGCUAUGCGUCCACGCGUUUAGGACGCGCAGGUUUGUGGAUUGUAGCUAUAACCUCCAAACGUCCGUUGAUGCACCCCCAAAAAAUUAUCAAAUACGUAUACUUUGUUUACAUUUAUCAACUCUUUACAUUAUGAACCCAUGAAGAGAGAACACCACUCGUCUAAAGGCAACCGACGAACAUUCUUUCAAACUUCUUUUGUUUAUACCACGACUUAAACAGUGUUUUGUUGAAUUAAAAAAAUGUACACCGAUUGUUGUAGCGGUGAAAGGGUUUUUUAAUAUUGUUCGUUUUUUAUUGUGAAUGACUAAGUAGGACUCUUGCGUAUAAUAUGUGUUUGAAUCGACAGUUCCCAGUUAUUUUGCAUGUGAUACACCUGUAAGAACUCGGCAUUUUGUCGUUACUAACAAGACUGAUUUUCAGACGUAUGUACAUAUUCCUAGGACUGUUUAUUUUCGUUAAAAAUGUAACUGUCAAUGUUUGUACUUGACAUGCGGCAAUUUGUCGAGGAAUUGUGGCCAGAACGAUGUAAGAUCUGGUGUCUGGCACAAGAUGCAACUCAUACGAAAUGUUACCCAGUACUCCGUUCCUUUACAUUCAUAAAUACUGAAUUCGUGUUACAUGUUAAGUCAAAUAAAAUCAACUUUAUAUCCACACAA